AUGGAUGGUGAAAAAUGGAACCAUGUUUUUGUCAUUUGGGAUUUUGAUGAAGGCAAUGUAGAAGCUAGCUUUUGCAUUGUUUUGGUUCUUUAUCUUGUGGGAGCAAUUAUUAGUCUUGAAGAAAAGAGGAAGGAAGCACAAGAAGAACUCCUUAUCCAACUAUUUGAUCCUAAAUCUGAAAUUUUUGAUAAAGAUACGGCAGAGUUAUUAUGGACUACUUGCUGGGAGGAUUUGAUUAAAAUUGAAGAUGUUGAUUCAUGCCCCAUACAAUCACCAAGUAACACGAAUGAAAUCAGUUUAGAAAGAGGAAUAAUAGUUCAAAGAAACAUUGAAAAUGUGAUUAACAAUUGCCAACCGCAAUUGAGGGAAGGUUUCAUUGAUUGCUUGAGAAGACACAAUCCCCUAAUCCAUGUCUCAAAGAACAGUUUGCAUGCAAGUUAUGUGAGAUUACUGUCUUCCAGAAGAAACUUGGGUCAUGUUUUGCUCCAAGAUGUGUCAAGAGCAGAAGAUGUUGGAGAUGAAUCGGUGCAAACUAAAACUAAAACGGAAAACACUGCUCCAAAAGAGAGUGGAAGCGAACAAAAUGUGUUUGUUAUCGUAGGUAUAACUGCAGUGUCAUCAUUUGGAAUUGCAGCAUUUGUUUUCAUAUUUUGUUGUAGAUGUAGCAGAGCAACUGUUGAUCAAACUGAUGAGAAACCUCUUCUCAGCUUGUGUAGGACUGACUACUCCAAUGGGUCCUUUAACAGUAGAAAUCCUCCGCAGGAGUCAAUGAAAAAAGAAGACAGCAUUGAGACUCUUAUGUCAAGUAAAAUUUUAUUUGAUGACAAUAAAAAUAAAAACUUAGCGCAUGAAAUAUAUUCAAUGCGAUUAGCAGGACCGUAUGAAAUAAGUUCAGUAGGAUUAGGAGGAGCUGAUGCUUCUGCUGCCGCUUCGGCAAGACCGUCAAUGGACUUGAAACCUCCUCCCGGCAGGGUUGGACCACCGUUACCUUUGAAACCUCCUCCUGGAAGGCCAAAUCCUCCCUCCGACCCAUCAAUUCCUCCUCCUUCCGCUGAUGAAAAUAAUCCUCCUCUUCUGCCUCCUCCUGCUGCUGAUGCUCCUCCUCCUCCACCACCGCCAAAGCCGAGUAAUGCUCCACCUCCUCCUGCACCGCCACCGAGUAGAGGUGGUGGUGGGCCUCCACCUCCUCCACCACCAGGUGGAAAAGGCCCUCCACCUCCCCCUCCACCAGGUGCAAAAGGCCCAGGCCCAGGCCCUCCUCCCCCACCAGCACCUAAGGGAGGAGGUGGUCCACGACCUCCUGGACCGCCUCCUCUGAAAGGUGCAAUUGGCGGGAAGGCUAGGCCCCCAGGACGAGGACCCGAAGGUCCUGGAGGUGUUCCUAAGCCAAAACUUAAGCCUUUCUUCUGGGAUAAGGUUCAAGCAAACUCAGAUCAGGCUAUGGUUUGGAAUCAGCUCAAAGCAGGAUCCUUCCAGUUCAAUGAAGAAAUGAUGGAGUCGCUUUUUGGAUAUAAUGCCGCUCAAGAAAAAUCUAAACCCGGAAUGAAGAAAGAAUCUCGUGAACAAACUCCUCAAUAUAUUCAGAUCAUUGAACCAAAGAAAGCACAGAAUUUAUCAAUUCUGUUGAAAGCGUUGAAUGUAACAUUAGAAGAAGUUCGUGAUGCACUCCUUGAAGGGAAUGAAAUACCCCCAGAAUUCUUAAACACUUUGUUGAAGAUGGCACCAAGUCAAGAGGAAGAACUAAAGCUCAGACUCUUCACAGGGGACCUACACAUGCUUGGACCCGCUGACCGAUUCUUGAAAGCCAUUGUCGACAUUCCAUUUGCCUUCAAACGAAUCGAAACACUACAUUACAUGUGCACUCUCUCGGAUGAACUCAUUACUACUAGAGAUUCUUUUGGAGUUUUGGAGGUUGCAUGUGAGGAACUAAAAAGCAGCAGGCUAUUCCUGAAGCUUCUAGAAGCGGUGUUGAAAACAGGAAACAGGAUGAACGAUGGAACAUUCCGAGGCGGCGCGCAAGCUUUCAAACUUGACACGCUGCUGAAGCUCUCUGAUGUGAAAGGUGUAGACGGGAAAACCACGCUUCUUCACUUUGUGGUACAAGAAAUAAUUAGAACAGAGGGAAUAAGAGCAAUGAGAAUGUCAAAAGAGAGCCUAAGCUUUUCGAGCAUAAAAACCGACGACCUUCUAGAAGAUGUCAACUUAGAGAACGAAGACCAGUACCGGGACCUCGGCCUUAACGUGGUGUCCCGUCUGAGUAGUGAGCUUGAGAAUGUCAAGAAAGCAGCGGCUCUGGAUGUGGACGGUUUGAUAUCUACGACGGCCAGACUCGGCCACGGUCUUAUAAAGGCCAGAGAAUUUGUAAACACGGAACUUAAGACCCUGGAGGAUGACCAGGGCUACUACGAAGUCACCAAGAGCUUUGUGGAGAGUGCGGAAGAGGGCGUCGCCAACUUGCUCCGAGAAGAGAAGAAGAUCAUGGCAUUGAUAAAGAGCACAGGUGACUACUUUCAUGGCAAUUCUGGCAAGGAUGAAGGCUUGAGGUUGUUUCCGAUAGUGCGUGAUUUCUUGCUAAUGUUGGAUAAGGUUUGCAAAGAAAUAAAGACUAUACCAAAGAAACCACCACCGGCAGCAGCCGCACAGGCACAAGCACAGGCAGCACCACCGGCGGCACCGGCAUCAAAUAAUAAUAAUGAAAAACAGGAGAGUGGUAGUUCGAAAACUUCAACAGAGACAGGCGCUGCUCCUCCGCCUCCUCCUAUUUUUCGCAACCGACUUCCGGUAGUUGCAGAAAGGACGGGUGACUUUAGUUCGGACGAUGACAGUCCAUAGAUUCAAGUUGAAUACAAAAGUGGUAUUUUUUGUUUUAGCUAUAUCAUCCUUUGUUGACCCUAUUGGGAUUAGUUCAUAGUUAACCAAAGAAAAAAGCCACGUCUCCUUUAAUUAGUAGUGAUGUAGGGUCUUUCUUGUUUGUAUAAUUGUAU